UGGUGAUUCAAACAUACUUAACUGUUCACAUAUAUAAAUAAAGUAGGUUAGUGUGAGGUUGGUAGUGGUUCACACAGUCAGCUGAUGGUACGGCUGGCAGUCAGGUCCUGAGGCACCAACACUCACUAACUUAACUAACAACAUGAAUUCCUUCGACAGUUUGUUCAACCACCGGAAGUAUCGCAACUUCUUCAUCUCAUUUUUAAUUGUCCUUGUGCUGGCCGUCAUACUUGUAGGCUCUGUACAGUUGUUGAGUGUGGGGUUCACCUCAGGGCACCAGGAUGCUCGCCUCAGCUUGGAAGCUUCUAGUCAUUGGCAGGAGCUGGUGGUAGCUGGGGAUAGUGCUCCCAUCCCGACUAAGACCAGAAAUGACUGCCACUACUUCAACUGUUUCAAUGUGUAUCGUUGUGGCCGCAGCGGGAACCAGCGCAUGUCUGUGUAUGUGUACCCCGUGGCUCGCUACGUGGACGAGGACCACGUGGCCAUCAAGCCAAUGUCUCGUGAGUUCUUUGAGGUUAUUGACACCAUCCUGAACUCUGAGUACUACACCCCCAACCCAGAGGAUGCCUGUAUUCUUGUUCCUCCAAUAGACACACUCAACGAGAACAACCUGAGGAAGGACAAGAUAGCUGAGGCUCUGGCCAUGCUUCCUCAUUGGUCCGAAGGUGAAAACCAUCUACUGUUCAACAUGUUGCCGGGAACUCCCCCAGUAUUUGACACAACACUCAACCUGGCACGAGGGAAGGCGCUCGUUGCCGGUGGAGGCUUUUCCUCGCUCACCUACCGCCGGGGAUAUGACAUAUCUCUGCCCGUGUACAAUCCAGCUCAUCAGAAUUCUCCCGUGGGAAGAAAACCAAUAGGUUCCCGGCGCUGGUUCGUGGUGUCAUCACAGGUCAACAUCCACCGUGACUACCGUGAGGACCUGGAGGCACAGCUUCUGGACAAAAAGUUACAGCGUGAUGACUUACUCAUUUUGGACAAGUGUCAUCCCUACACUAACCUCACUGUCAGGUGCCACGGCUCUCAGGUGUUCUCUUACCCACAGGUGUUGAGGGAAGCCAAGUUUUGUUUGAUUAUUCGUGGAGGCCGCCUGGGUCAGAGUGCCUUUUAUGAUGCCAUGCGUGCUGGCUGUGUCCCUGUGGUUGUGGCUGAUGGAUAUGUGCUGCCAUUUUCUGAGGUGAUAGACUGGCGGGAGGCAACGGUUCAGGUGUUUGAAGAGGACUUACCAACGAUGAUGGAGAUGCUGAAGAAGGAUGUGUCUCAAGAAAGACUCAGCCACAUGCAACAACAGGUGUUGUGGUUAUAUGAAAGGUACUUCUCAACAAUGAAAGACAUCACCUUGACAACACUGAAGGUCCUCAAUGACCGAGUGUUCCCGGCUCACCAGCAGUCGGUGCAGCAGUGGAACACCCACCUCGUGCCCUCCGCCGUAGACAACCCUCUCUUCCUGCCCAUCACGGCCCCGGCUAAUGAAGGGUUCACGGCAGUUAUUCUCACCUACGAUCGUCUGGAGUCGCUGUUUCAGGUGAUUCAGACAAUGGUGCAGGUGCCCUCACUGUCUAAGGUGCUCGUUGUGUGGAAUAACCAGAAGAAAGCUCCUCCACAAGCCUCCAUGUGGCCCAAGAUAAAUGUGCCGCUAAAGGUGGUUCAAACACGAGAAAAUAAGCUGAGUAACCGCUUCUACCCUUAUGAAGAGAUUGAGACUGAGUGCAUCCUUGCCAUAGACGACGACAUUAACAUGAUGACAGCAGAUGAAUUAGAGUUUGGUUACCAGGUCUGGCGUGAGUUUCCCGACCGCAUUGUUGGGUUUCCACCACGAAAUGUUUUAUGGAACAACGACUCCCACAGCUGGAAGUACGACUCAGAGUGGACUAAUGAGGUGUCGAUGGUGUUGACAGGUGUAGCAUUCUACCACAAGUACUGGUCCUACGUGUACACCACCCAGCUCCCGGGCAACAUCAAGGAAUGGGUCGACACCAACAUGAACUGUGAAGAUAUUGCCAUGAAUUUCCUUGUGGCUAAUCUGACAGGAAAGGCUCCCAUUAAGGUCACACCAAGAAAGAAGUUCAAGUGUGGUGAAUGUACAAGUGGGGAUCUGUCGGCCAACGAGGCCCACAUGGUGGAGCGCUCUCAGUGUGUCACUCACUUCACUCAGGUGUUCGGGACGAUGCCUCUCAAGACCGUGGAGUUCCGGGCCGAUCCCGUUCUCUUUAUGGACAACUUCCCGGAGAAGCUCAAGUUAUACGAUGAUAUGGGGAGCUUGUAACACACUUGUUGUCUAUGACACUGUGCUGGCCAAGUGAACCACAUCUCAUUAUUAUCUUUGUUGAAGUAAUGAUGUGAGAGAUGAAGGUCUUAUAGGAGCUGUUUAUCACUAACUUGCCACAACUUUACAAGACUUACUAACAAAUGUUUGACCAGCCAUUGUGUUGAUUCUCUUCUGGAUAAGAUUUAUUUAAGAUAUUUACUUGAAUAAUUUUGUGGAUGAACUACAGUCACCAGGACAGCCUUUGACAUGAUAAGUUUGGGGUCAGUAAAGGAUUAAUUAUAUAUAUUUAUGACCUCUAUUAUUAUAACUGUACUUCUCUCUGGGGACAUUGACUGAACAUUACUCUAUCCACUGUCAUUCUUUGCUCUAAUCCACAAAAGUCACGUCAAGUAUUGUCAUCUCUCACUCAAUCAAAGUGUGAGGGAAGCAGGAGAAGGUGCUGAGAGGAUACCAUACAGUGAAGCAUCUAUUUAACAGUACAGUACAGUCCAUUAUAUCAAGGUUCAGGAGAUGUAAUACCUCCAUAUAGCAGACUGUACCUGUUAGAUAGAGUUAAAUAAAGUUUUUACUGUAUGUACUUAAACUUACUUAAAUCAUCUAGGGAUAUGAAAUGUGUAUCAGAUAAUAAUGAUUUAAGAUGGUGAUUCAGGUGUGUGUGUGUGUGUGUGUGUGUGUGCACACGUGCGUAGUGUGU